UCAAUUUURGAAAAGUUCUUCUUCAUUCCGCAGGCCUCCAAACACCUCACAUCGGAAGAAGUUCGGAAAUAGUCGGCAUAAAGAGUGCACAGACCCUUGCGGGCAAUGGCCUGGCACCAUCCCAAGACAGGGGAUCGGGGCUUGGUGACCGUCACGUCGUAGUAGGCCGACUUGAUGAAUUGGGGACCAAUGACCUCCUCGUUGUCGUCGUCUCCCUUCUUCUUCUUUUGGUCCACCAAAACGGCAUCGCGAGCCCGGGCCGCCGAAAGGGUGGCAUCCUUCCGAAAGAGGGCGGCGGGAUAUACAGUGUAAUCAAACAGGGCCUUUUCGAUAUCUUCCUGUCCCUUGAGCUGCUUGCGUUCCCUUACGAGUUCCCUCUCGGCCUCUCGCUCGGUCUGGCGCGAAUAUCCCGGGCGUCGUUCUUUCACGUGCUUCUUGCCGAGGGCCGUGUUGGGAGAGUAAUUGAUCAAAAAGGAUUCUAGGUCUCCUAGGGGCAUGACAGCCUGGGGAGGUGCCGGGCACUCUGCCUCUAGCUUGUCUUUUUCGGGGGAACUAGAAGCCUUCUUCAUACAGACYUGUCUACUGACGAUUUCCCUYCGCUGRCGUUCGGUCACCAUCCAUACAAAGUUAGAUCCACCCUGGACGAUGGGCGGAGUCACUUCAUUGGCGUAUACAUCCGGAGACGUCGGCAUCUGAAGUUCCGUCAUGUACACCCACCAUUGGCCACAGUCAACCUUGYUGUCAUCGCCAGCAGCCUCCUUCAAACGACGCUUCAUGGCCGUCUUUGURGACGGAUCGUCGCACAAGCCGUURAUUCCGCCGGACCCACUGAGAGAGUGAUCAAUCCAGGUCAAUUCAAACGAGUCCUUGCAGACUUCCCAAGCCGCUGGGUGGAAGAAAUCUCCAUGCAUGCGCCACUUGGCCACCUUUGCAUUUUCCUCGCUCACRUACGAKACUCGGACAAAUGAAGGGAUCAGAAAGGGGCUCGAAGGGCCAUUGAUGACACUCGUGUCUUCCAAYGAUUGAACCUUAUUAACGGGUGAGGUCGCCCCCGCCGCAAUGUCUGCAGAGGCCUGUAAAAAGGAAGAAAGGGCCCUCAUGGUGACAAGUGAGGUCCACUUCAACCCAACGUACAUGUCAUGGUCGUCGCUGCUCACCAAAUCGGGGUGAGUUGUCUUUAUAGCUGCAUUAUCGAUGGAUACAUCACCGUUUGUCUUUGCUCCGUCACCCAAAAAUGGUGGUGCYAAAAUCAGGUCCUGGGUCCGGCGUUCCAUAAAUCCCGACUUGAGGUCGUGGCAUACUCCCGCGGAUUCCGCAGUGGCGACCACCACCACCUGAAUGGGACUGGCCCGAUCUUCAACCUUGGCAGUUUUCUUGUCCACUUGAGAUAGGUCACUGACCUUGCCCCCACAGUGGGGCAAGAGGGAAUCCAUCCACUCGGUCCAACGAGCCGAAAUGGGUUCGCACACCAACACCUGAACGCGGGCGGCGACCUGGUUGGUCGCACACAUGGCAUCGAUUUCCUCAAGCUGGCGUUGGAUAUGUGURGCGGMUGUUUCUUGCUCGGACAUCCAUCGAUCAGGGCCCUGCGCAUGAGGCAAGGCGGGUGGCGAAGUUUCCCAUAUCAUUGUAGUCCCGCGUCCGGCACCAACCGUGUUGAGUGUGAACAAGACCCGACAGCGGUCCAUCCCGUAUGUAUCGUGCUCGACACCGUCUUUGUUACCAUACCACUCCUUCCAGACAGGUGUGUUAGUAUCGGGCCGUGAUGGGCUUCCCAUUGCCAAACAGUUUUCAAGCAACCGGUAUUGCAUCCUGUGUUGAUUGGACCCAGUCUUCGAUUUGUGUGCUUCUCCAGCAGCUCCACCAUUGAACAUGCGGUUGUGUUCCGACCCCCCUAAGAAUUCUUCUGUAAACCGACUGGAUGUGACGCCAGAAUCAUCGCGGCCCUCGAAGUAAUCGGCCUUGCCUCGAGAUUUACUAAAGCGAUAGAAGUAUUUCUAGUCAUGAACAUGGAUGAGAGCGAGAAAAUCGUGGGACACGGAACAAUSGUGGAGAGAAUGAAGCAUGAGAAAAGAAGCGGGACAACGUCGGAAUCCAUAAAACCGUAUUUUAUCCAUUACUUACUUGCAAUGGUCCGGUGUAUUCGAACCAGUACUUUAUUUCUUCUGGUGGAGURUCCUCAAAGAGUUUCUUUCGAUCCUUCAAAUCUSUCAUCAAGGYUUCCAUGUAGGAAGGAACCACAUCUCCCAUAACGGCCAUCAAGCGUCGACGGGGGUGCRAUUCUCUGGGUUCAUUUUCUACUUUGUUGAAACCGAUGUUGGCGUUGGUGUGGAUUCCCACUGUGGCAUUCUGGUGGUCCGUAUACGCCACCAAUGCCCCGUAGAGAAGGACUCCCGCCGUCAGGCAUCGCAGCAUGAUUUUGUUUCUAGGAGACCAAACGCUCGUAUCGAUGUUCUCCUCUUCCGACGCCUCUCUCGAGUACUGUUCGUCGUUGUGGUCGGAUUCGUCCUCCUCCGCGGACGAGGUCGAGGGAAAUUUGGCCAUGGUUGAACAAAAACGAUUGUUUUUUUUUCGUUUGGUUGUGUGUCUGACAAUUUGUUUUCACGCUCUCGUGCUCRUACUUUUGUACCGUUGAGUAUGUACUGUCCUAUUGUGAGUCCCCUGGCUGGAUGGAGACUGGAGACAAGCUAAAACGGUGAAGUAAAAGCACGYACGGUACGUUACUGUAGAUUCCAGUACUGGCACUUUUGGUAUCGUUCGAGCGUUCUACUCGUAUCGUAAUGUAACUGCAGCACGGUUCGUAUCGUACCGGUUUGCUGUUGUAAAAAAAAAUUUAUUUGAAUUAUGUGUAUUCGGACUCGCUCUCCCACGAUUCAAAAUUCACUGCUUCCUACUGUGGACGGAACGGAGACUAAGUGUAUGUACACGAAGUACUAGUACGUACUGAAAAUCAUUUCGACUCCCACGACCCAGUACGACUACUGGUAAAAGGUAGUAUCGUAGUUCGUACUUGUACCCCUGAAAGAAACUGACAUGAUUAAUUUUAGUGACUCAUCGAAAAAGUACGAGUACGAGUACUUCGUCAAUUUCAUAUUUUAUAUCAAUUUCCACCAACUGCCCCUUGCACCAGUAGACAGCUGCAGCAGGACAAGAUGGUUAUUGUCCUCUUCAUCCUCCAGWAAUGGUUGCAAAUUAUGUGCUAGCUGACCUGGGAAGCUCCACUGAGUAUUGCACAAUUCAACAACAAAUACCAAAAAGAUUACUGUAAUAUUAAAGCACAUGCAUCAGCAUGGUAUAGUAUCACAGCACAAAAAUCAAAUUCGCAAGAAGCAGUUGCCCAGUCUCUGAAGUGGAUUUUUCAUCGUUUGGUGGUUUGUUGCACAACCAGAUUCCCAGCAGGCUCUUUCCUGUUUUUKAUUCUUCUCGUAGUUUUUCACGACAUCUGCUUGAAGAUUCCUCGAGUUUGUGUUAUCUCACACUAAUGUGCAUGAGUAUGAUAGGCAUUUUGUGCACUCAAUGAUCUCUAGAAUACAACUUUUUUGCUAUUUAUACUACACUACAAUUUAUCGUUCCACUAGCCUUUCUACUUCCGGCAUAGCUGCUUCUAAGAACGUGGUUGCCUGCGUGCUUGCGGAUACAUGGCAUUCUAGUGCCACCACAUCUUGCAAAGAGACCACCCGACUACCGCCCACACCACCACGUCCGAGAUGUUCCGCCGUAGCUUGGUGUGGGAGUCGGCGCGGCAUGUGUUCCGGUUCCCCCCCGAAUGCCCAAAGAAGAGGUCCCCCAGGUCCGGCAACCGGUAGGCAUCGUCCCAGCUUCCAUUCGAGGUGACAAUGGUGUGGACCAACCGAAAGUCGGAGCAGACCAUGCAGUUGGGAUCCAGGCAUGUGGCCUUCCCGCACUCGUCGCAGGUUUGAAUGCCYAUGGACGAAAUUUGCAAAUGUGUAUCUUCUCGGUGGUCGCCACUGUCGUUUCUGCUGGUAGGUUUCGAAUCUGCUGCAGGGGCAGCUUGUUUCGUUUGCGAUUUCAUGUUUUGGAGGCGCCGUAGGUGGUCUUCCCCGCAAUCAUCGCAAACGAAUUCUCCGCACAUGGUGUUGGUAAAUAUAUUAGGGCAGCAAAAAUUCUGGCACGUAAUUCGACCGGUGUUGCAGUACCGUCGUGUAUUGUUGCUGUUGCUUAGUUUCCUUCCAAAGGCACCAAAAUUAAAGGAUUGUGUGGCAACACCCGCCGAACCACAACCAUCUAGAUCGUUGGACAGGCACGCAUUGCAAAAGGCCAUGCGAUCGCAACGUUGGCACGACAGGCCAGGUUUGUCGUCUUCGGGGUUGUUGUAUCGUGGAUAAAAGAUCCGGCAGCCAUUGCAUCGUUUCAUGUUUUGUUCCUCGGCGUAGCACUCCGGGCAACACAACGUGGAUGGSUUCGCGUCCGUUGUGUCGGGCUUGGCGUCGUCGGCAACCGACGAAAAUCCCAGAGGGUUCUCGAGUCGUGACCCGUGUUUCGUGCAGAAUCGUUCCCCGAGUUCCGAGAGGGAAGAUGAGUACAGAGCGGAUUCCGAUCGCAUUUGUCGCUGCUCUUUCACCCCGAGGGCGUCCAGAAAUUUCUUUACAGUCUUGUCGGUGAGAUAUCCCAAGACGUCGUUUGCCAAAACAUGGUUCGGAAUCGACCGAAUUGUUGGUAGCGAAGAAUCUGCUUGGGAUUGYGUCCGAGGACGAGUUUGUGUUCUCGUGCACGACAGAACGACACACUGGAAUGGGUGGCUAUWGAGUCUUGAAUUUACUUCCUCCAUGGUUAUGCAAUUCAGGCGCUGCUGCAAACGAUUGUAAGAACGAUAGUAAUCGUAUUUGGAUUGAGACCUUGUUCAUUGCUAGUUUCUCAUUUGUGUUCUAGUUGCAGGUUUGACACAAUCAAUCAAAUACUUCUUGAACA